UCUGAGGGGAUGCACAGGCACAUGAAUAUUGUGAUUUUAUCUGCUGAAAAUGAGGCGAAAAGCGUUGAAACGGGUCAUCACAGAUAGCCAACUCCUAUCUGCCUCCCCAGGCAAGACUUAGAGCUUUGACUGUUGGUUUGUGGUUAGAGUUCAAACUUGGCUUCAACAUUCAGCCGAACAGCAGCAGCAGCAGCAGCAGCAGAAGAGGCAACGACUAUACACACAUGACAGCCGAGGCAGAGAGAAAAAUAUGAAAAAGAUAUAUAUUGGCAAAACGGCUCUCAAAACACAGAGAAAUGGUUGCAAACAUCCGAAAAGAAGCUCUUUCCAUGACCACAAGGACGACCUCCGUAAGCGCCUGUCAUACACCACCCACAAACUAGAGAUGGUGGAGACGGAGUUCGAUUCCACUCGGCAGUACCUGGAGACCGAGCUGCGCCGGGCCCAGGAGGAACUUGAGAAAUUUACAGAAAAACUACGCAGGAUCCAGAGUAGCUAUGCAGCUCUUCAGAGGAUCAACCAGGAUUUGGAGGACAAGAUGCACAGGACGUCCCAGCACCAUGAAGAGGAGAAGAGAGCCCUCAGCAGGGAAAUCAUCCUCCUUAACAACCACCUGAUGGAGGCGAAGAUCACCAUCAAUAAACUUAGAGAGGACAACGACUUGUACAGGAAAGACUGCAACCUGGCAGCCCAGCUGCUGCAGUGCUCCAAGUCGCACUACAGAGCACACAAGAUGUCUGAGCUGCCGCUGGAUCUCCAGGAACGCAUCAGUUCCCACAUGGAGAAACAUAAACGGGGUAGCGGAGCAACCGUAGCAAUGUUUCCCUCCAAUUACUCUGACGCCGUGCCCACAGCCCUAAUUGCAAAGGUCCUGGAAAAGCCUGACCCAGGAAGCAGUUGCCCUGUAACGCGCUCACCCAGCCCGCUGCCGCAGGAUGGAGACUUUCCUCCAGCCACAGGAAGCCCUGAGCACCUGAACCGCCGCAUUUCGUACAAAUCAUCUGACCUGUACUGCAGCGAUACGGCCCUCUACUGCCCUGAACGAUGGCAAAACGCAGAGCGCAGGCAGAGCGUCGACCUCCACGGCACUGGUCUGUUCCAGCUUCACGCCCAGAACUCCACCGACAGCAACCCGGAUGAAGACGCCUACCACUCUGGAAGUUUCUCUCACCAUGAGCCUCAACCCUCCUUCCACCACAACGACGACUUUGGCACUGGUAGCCUCCCUGCCUCCAGUUCCUACUCUAGCUUCAGCCUCGCAUCGGACGAGAAGGGAGGAGUUAGUGGGGGUUGUGGGCGCACUGCCAGCAGCACCUUAUCCUCGUCCCACCAGGGUCUCUAUAUGGACUGGCGAGAUGGUGGCAGUGGGGACUAUGAGCGCAAAAGCAUGUCCUCUUAUGAUAAAGACAGCCUAAGCUUCCCCAAGUCCCUUAGCAUCCAGCACAUGGUGACCCCUAGGAGCCCGCAGAAGGGCACCUCACCAGCGUACACAAGGACGGCUUCAUGCUUCAGUGAACCAUACCAUUCCAGCACCCCUCGCCUGGCCUCCUCUCACAGCAUGGGGUCCACAACUGGACUGGGCCAGGCUCGUGGAGGAGCUCUGGACCGCCAAGGUGACGUCCAGGUUCCCGAGGACGACCUCAGCAACCGCUGGAGACAGCUCAGUGUGGAAGACAUCAACACGUUCUCAUCUUCCUACCGUAACAUCACAGGGCGGGGCUCUCCGUACAGUUUCUCUGAGCGGCAAUUUGCCAUGGGCCCCUCCAGUAAGAUCAAGGGGUCUCUCUACAGCAGCUUCCAAGAAGGAGAUGACGUCUUCCACAGCCGCGUGCUGGACCAGUGUUUUGCUGUGGCCCCCCCUUCGCCCAGCCGCAGUCAGAAACCCAUGGAGCAUCGUAAGCAGGAGAAAACCUCUGUGCUGUAUAGAACCAAGGAGGACAGUCAGGACUCAGACUGCAGUUUGUUCCUCUCAGGGAGCUCUAAAGAGAAGGAGAGCAGUGGGGCAGCAACGGUGACGAGCAGUGCCAAGAAGGACUACGUAAAUCUGAGCGCAGACAGCUCGGCUGAGUCCUUACACCAAAGCUCCCUCGAAGCCUCAAGUCUUCAACACUACCCCAGCCCCAGGCCGAGCGUCCGGCCUCGCCCGAGCUCCAGCUCCGCUCUCAGUGUCGGCCCCGCACUCCCAAAGAAGACCUCUCCAAGAUACCAAAAAUUUGGCAGCACGGGGCUGACGAGGAAGGACAGUUUGACGAAGGCACAGCUAUACGGUACGCUGCUGAACUGAGCAGGGAGAGAUUUUCAUUUUAUGCAUGAUGAUGAUUCCUAACUUACUGUACUGUACUGUACUGUAUGUCUCAAACGUUCCCUGCAGCAAACACAUACUUGGUGUGAUGGGGUAUUAAGAUGUUGUUGUUUUAUGUAUCUCUUAGCCAAGGCACGUUUCAUGCAGUCUGCAACACCUUUUCUAUCAUAUGUGAUGAUGCAGUGUAGCUCCUCGAGACCAGCUAUUCUUUUUGUUUCAAUGACGAUGAUGAUAAUUAGAGCCAGACACAGACCCGGCUACAUGAACGUACUGUGCCGUUUGCUCUUUUUUGGUGUUAAAAACUGUUAGUAAAACCAGCAAAAGACCAUUAAUCCUUGCUUUAGUAUAUACAGUACAGAUAAUGGACUAAAGCGUGUGCAAUGGGGUGACUUAAUUACACAUGUUUGGGAGAAGGAAGGUUAUCCAUUAUGUAUAGUGGACAUUACUGACUGCGAGCUGUUAAAAAAAGAUUUAUUCAUUCUCCAUUUUGUCUUAAACAAAAUGCAUGCUGUAUAAUGCAUAUAGAUAAGAUGGAAAAACUCAUUUCCAGCUCAAUUGUUUCUCAUGGGGACAUCAUCUGUAAACGGCACUUACUAAAAAGGAUGUUUUAUCACCACUUCCAAAUUGGCUAAACAAGAGAUAUUAAAAGACAUAAAGAAAUAAUAUUUUAUGCAAAUGCCAUGUAAUAUUUAUAGCAAGACACUCAAUUUAUAUUGUGAGAGCUCCUUCCUGAUGCUAGAUUUCUCACUUGUUUAUUGGAAACUUAAAAAUCUCUUAUUUUAUUUGUUGGAAAAAUAGCCCAAGAAAUAUAUACAGCAUAUAAAAUAAGUACAAUACUUUGCCAGGUGAACAACAAAAUAAAUGUACACAUUCAGCAGAAAAAUGGUUAAACACAACUGUGAGAUUUUCAGACUGAAUUCUUUCUUAUUUUUGUAUCUAAAUGAGGCUCCACAGUGGUUACCCUCAUACCAGGACACUUGUGAAAUUGCCUUAAUUCUGUUCAGUGGACAGAAUGGUCUCCUUUACAACAACUGUGUACAUACUAUAUUCUCUGCUGUAUUGUUACUGUACGCAUACACUGCUGUUACAGCAUAGGUUCUUCCUGUCACACAUAACACACACACACACACAAGGCCAGUUUCUUGGAAAAGGAUUAAGUCCGUUCUUAGACUGGGGAUAUUUCUUUCAGUGGAGAUCGCCAUUGAGAUUUGUUUUUAGUUAAAGACGACAAGGCUUAAUCCCGGUCUUAAAAAUCGGGCAAAUUCCUACCACAAUACAAACUCUUAAACACUGUUGGCACUACUUGCACAAAACAAAACGUGCUGGCACUUCUCAUUUUCAGGAGAGAUUAAUUGGAAAAUUCUGCAA